AUGCAAGUUUUGAGGGCCAUGGAUGGCCAUGGUGUCCAAGCAGGCAGUGCCAGCAAGCCUGAAAAAACGCUCACCAAAAAAACUCAUCAGCCUGCAGAAGGCUCAACUGAGAAGGAACCUUCCCAACCCAGCCAGCCUGCAAAGGCUAUUGCAGAGGAGAACUCACAGCCAAAGAUCAUGUUGGCAGAGGCUGUGGACAGCAGCCAGAGCAUGGCUGAAAGUGAAACUGCUUCCCAGAUCAGCUUGCAGGAAAUUUCUUCCAGUGCUUCUUCUGGGCCAUUGGGUGCAUGUGAGUUGGGACAGCCUAGCAAGCCUUUGAAAAGGCCUGCAAGUGCCAGUUCAAAGACAGCACCGGCAAAAAAGCCAGCAAUGGCUCCCAAGCCUGCAAAGGCUGUGCACAUGGCAACCCAGAACACUUGGGUUGCCAGUUGCAAUUUUGGUUGGAUCAAAGUGGGCAGCUUCAGUGAAAAGGGGUACAUCUUAGCCAGAAAUGGCUCAGAAGAAAAAGCAAAGUGUGUGGUGAAUGUGAACCUCCCUAGAGGGGAGAACCAAACCCAUGUGCUUCAAGCUUGCUUCAAUGAGGCACAAAAACCAGGCCUGGAUAAGGCCCACAUGGUGGAUUUCAAGAACAACUUGCUCAAGAGCUUGUGGCAGCCUGCAAAGGCUCCCAGCAGGCCCCCAGCCUGCAAAGGCUCACUCAUGGCAAAGACCAUGCUGUGCAUGCAAAGGUUGCUGACAAAGCAGCUGCUGCCAAAGGGUUGUGAAGCUGUGGGGGUAGGGCUACAUGGAGGCCAGCCAGAGGAAGCAAUGGCCAAGACCAAGAAGGCUUCUCCAAAGAAGCCAGCAGCUUUCAAGACUGCUGCCAAAGCUGCAGCCAAAGCAGCAGUGAAGAAAGAACAGCAGACCCCCAAGAAGAGAAAGCAGCCUGAUGAAGGCUCCCAGCCUGAUGAAGGCUCCCUGCCUCAGAAUGCACCUGAGGAAGCUGAAGACCCCAGCUUCAAAGAGCUUGAGAAGGCUGCUGUGAAAGGGUUGGAAGAAAGGAAGGAGAUGGCCACCGAAGAAAGCAGGACCAGGGAGAGCACAACUGCGGCCCCCCAGACAGUGGGUGACCUGGAUACUGCUGAGUUCCAGCAAGUGGAAAAGGCUUUGAUGGCGAAGCCUGAAGAAAGGCAGGUGCUGCUUGGCAGCAAGAAGAACAAGCCUGAAAAGGCUACUGCUGAAGCAAUGGAAGAAGAGCCUGAGAAGGCUGCAACAGCUGAAGAAUACAAGGAAGCCUACAAAGGCUUGAAGAAGGCCAUCAAUGGCUUGAGCAGCUCCCUGGACAAGCUCAAGCUGUUGGUGCAGGCAUGCCAAAAUGCCAAAGAGCAGCAGCCUUCUCCACAGCUUGAGGCCAGCUGCACUGAGCUGGAAAGCCUGGAGAAAGGCUACAACAAGACUAAGUCUGACUUGCUCAAGGAUCUGAGCAUGUUCAAGGACACCCUGGACCAGCCUGAGAAAGGCUCUGCGUUGAUCCAGCAGCUGCUGGACAAGAAGAAAGCCUGUGACGAUGAAAUCAAAAGCCUGAAUAAGGCUGUGAAUCCUCACAAGCUUUGGGCCAAGAAUGCCGAGCUGAUUUGA